UACUCAUAUUCAUAUCAGUGUUUGUGACACAAAAUUUAAGCUAGAGUUUGGUCUUCAAUUUAAACCUUCCUUCUCUCCCUUCUCACAAGGGACUAUUCAGAGAGAGAGAGAAAGAAAGAGUUUUCAUAAGAUCAUAACAAUUACCAUGUCGUCCCACCACAGUCAUCUAUCUUUUGCCUUUGGAGUUCUAGGCAACAUUUCAUCCUUUGUGUGCUUUCUAGCACCACUACCAACAUUUUAUCGAAUUUGUAAGAAGAAAUCAACAGAAGGUUUCCAAUCAAUUCCAUAUGUGGCUGCACUAUUUAGUGCAAUGCUUUGGAUGUUUUAUGCCUAUACCAAGAAGGGUGAAACUCUUCUUAUCACCAUCAAUGCAUUCGGUUGUGUGAUAGAGACAAUUUACCUCGCAGUUUUUGUUACUUACUGCCCCAAGAAAGUUAGGAUGUCAACAUUGAGGAUGAUUGUGUUGAUGAACUUUGUGGGAUUUGGCACGAUUGUCUUGUUAACUCACUUCCUAGCAAAACAAGAAGAAGGACGUAUCAAGCUUCUUGGAUGGAUUUGUGUAGUUUUUGCUACUAGUGUUUUUGCUGCCCCUUUAAGCAUUAUCAGAGUUGUUAUUCGCACCAAAAGUGUAGAGUUCCUUCCUUUUCCACUUUCAGUUCUCCUCCUCAUAAGCGCGGUUAUGUGGCUGUUGUAUGGUCUUUCUCUCCGAGAUAUCUAUGUUACUCUCCCGAACGUUGUGGGGUUAACAUUUGGAAUAGUUCAGAUCACACUCUAUGCAAUGUACAGAAACAGCAAACCCGUAAUUGAUGAGAAGCUACCAGAACAUAAAGGAGACAUUGUCGACAAAGAAAUUGAAAACGUAGUAGUUCCAAGUAAAACAACAAAUGAUGAGAAGAAACUAGAAGUGAGUGUUGUUGAUAUGGUGAUUGUGGAGAAAAAGGAAGAGAAACAAGAUGAAGAACAUGAUGAGAAAGAGAAGAAACAAGACCAAGUAACUCAGGACAAAACAAAGGUUAAGAAUGAAAAUGACAACAUUAAUAUCAACAAAACAGAGGAGAAAGAUAGUGGUUGUGAAGUUUAAUGGAAGAGAAAUAGUUGGCGGGCACAAUCUCCAUCUCUCUUUAAUUUGUUUGUGUGAAAUUCGAAUUACGUGUAAUAUUUUAAGACGCAUAUAAAGGAGAAGAGACGGUGUAGAUAUUGACGUCUGUAUCUUCCUCUCUCUACUUGUGGAUUUUAACUUGUUUUUACUUUAUCACUUUUUAUGUAAUUUCUCUUUUGUUUACUUCAACCUAAUUAUAAUAAGCAUCGUGUUAA